AUGAUAUUCCCUGAUCUGCACACUGUUGGAAUGUUUGGCUACUCUCUCAUCUGGGUAGCUAUGUUCUAUCACUCUGUGGAAUGGGUAGCGCAAGCAGUUUGCCUGGACGACUGGAAAAAUCCAUGGAGCCGUCUAUUACAGUACUGUGCAAUUACAGCUAGCUGGACUCUGGACAGUCUGGUCCGUCAAGGCAGUCAGGCAGAUACAGAAUAUCAUCGGUUUAAAAUAUUGCAUUAAAUCAUGGCUGAUUUUGAGGAAUUCGAAAAACAGCUGAGCGAAAACCGACAGGAGAGAGAGAAGGAGAGACGCAAGAAGAGGAGCGGCAGUGGGUCUCAGAGCCGCAGUGAGAAACAUCGCAGCUGGAGCAAAGACCGAGGCAACCGGAGCCGGGAGAAGCGAAGCCGCAGUAGAGACAGGAAGAGCCGGGAGCAGAGGAGCACCUCGCGGGAUCACAAGAAGCACAGCUAUUCUCCACGAAGAACAAGGAGGAAAAGGACCUGCAGAUACUGGGAUGUGCCUCCACCUGGCUUUGAACACAUCACACCAUUGCAGUACAAAGCUAUGCAAGCAGCUGGGCACAUACCCACAAUAGCCCUGCUGGCAUCAUCUGCCAUGAGUGGGUUGGCAGUAACACCCACCCAAGUGCCCAUAGUUGGCAGUCAGAUGACUAGGCAGGCUCGACGUCUCUAUGUUGGCAAUAUUCCCUUUGGUGUGACAGAGGAGUCCAUGUUCCGGUCUGUCGAUGAGACCACACAGGCCAUGGCUUUCGAUGGAAUCAUUUUCCAAGGUCAGUCGUUGAAGAUAAGACGACCACAUGACUACCGGCCCCUACCUGGCAUUUCAGAGCAGCCUGCUUUUCAUGUCCCAGGUGUCGUGUCCACAGUGGUACCAGACUCCCCACAUAAACUGUUUAUUGGAGGCCUACCCAACUAUCUCAAUGAUGAUCAGGUGAAGGAGCUCUUGACAUCAUUCGGACCACUCAAAGCUUUCAACCUUGUCAAGGACAGUGCCACGUCACUUUCCAAAGGUUAUGCCUUUUGUGAAUAUGUUGACAUCAGUGCGACUGAUCAGGCGGUGGCUGGGCUCAAUGGCAUGCAACUGGGUGACAAAAAGCUCAUCGUCCAGAGAGCAAGUGUGGGAGCCAAAAACGCCAAUCCGACUGCCAUCAUCGAGACCCCGGUGACGCUGCAGGUCCCUGGGCUGCAGGGACUUCAGAACUCUGGGCUGCCCACGGAGGUGCUGUGCCUGCUCAACAUGGUGAUGCCUGAGGAGCUGGUGGAUGACGAGGACUACGAGGAGAUCCUGGAGGACAUCAGUGAGGAGUGCUGCAAGUACGGCAGCGUGCGCUCCAUCGAGAUUCCCCGGCCCGUCGAAGGAGUGGAGGUCCCUGGCUGUGGCAAGAUCUUUGUGGAGUAUGUUUCUACUGCAGACUGUCAGAAAGCCAUGCAGGCCCUCACUGGCCGCAAGUUUGCCAACAGAGUGGUGGUAACCAAAUACUAUGAUCCAGACAUGUAUCACAGACAGGAGUUCUCAGGGUAGAGGGGAAACAGGAGGCAAUACAUGGAAUUAACUGGGACCUCCUCUUCCCUGCUUCCUCAAACCUGGUUUCAGCUCUUCAGUAUCGUGUGUUCUCUCUCUAGUAUUCACAGCUAGUACGUUGUAACCCUAUCCUCAAUUACUACAGUAGUACAGAUUUUUGGGAAAAAAUAUUAGAUUUUUACAUGUGUCUUUUAGAUACUCUAAGUGAUAUAUUACACCAACAAAACAUAUCUGUGUGCAGUGAAUGAAUUGAAUGAAAUGUAUACAAAUAAAUAAAACCAUGCUAUUUGUGUAGGAUUCCCUUUGCAGAAGUAGUAUGAAUGUCAUGUGUGCAUAGAUCUAAAACCAGACUGUAACAUAGCCAGUGUUGCGGUCUUUCUUAACUCUGGAAUCAAUGAGAUGAUACAAAAGUGAAAUGUUUAGAUUUCUUUUCUGAGCACAAGCUUAUUUUGUCUCUUAACUUAAAGAAUUGUUAAGUCGAGAUGAACCUAUAUUUGAUAGCUAUCAUACUUUCACUGUGUGAUUCUGAGAAGUAACUAACAGUGAAAUGUUAUUGUAUACCCCCCCCCCAGAGUCAGAUGAACUUGUGAAUACCAUGUUUAUGUCUCUGCAUCCAAUAUGAAGGAAGUUAGAGGUAGUUUCACGAGCCAAGUACCAUAGACUCCCAGUCAUUGAGCUAACGCUAGUUAGCAACUUCCUUCAAACUGCAUGUAGAGACAUAAAAAUGGUUUCCACAGGUUCAUUUCACUCUAGGGAAGUAGAAAACAAAAUCCUGAAGUUUAAAACUCAAACACCUAAAACUUGUGUUAGAAAAACACUCUCAACACUAAUAAUUACAAAACAAUUGUUUCAACAAAGUCAUGAUUUGGGCAUUUUCACAGCGGUUUAAACCCAUAACCUUGAAAUUUGCAGAUUGUUUUGUGUUCGUGCUCUGGAUUAAGAAUUUGUGUCAUUUAGAUUGUAGCAUAAAAUUACAAGGUCACAAAAAUACCAUACUGGCCAUAGAAAGGGACAUUAUGCAUAGUUUUUUUAAUAAGAAAUAUUUGGUCAUCCUACAGGAAAGGACAAGGAAAUUUUAGAAGAUGUGCUUUCAAUUUAUGUAAAUAAUGUAUGUAGCUAAUGUAAUCCUGUGUUUUUGUUAUCUGAUGCUUUCACAAUUGUAUGGAAGAAAAUUGGUUAAUUUAUUUUUACCCAAAGGUUUUUUAAGCUUCAUGAAAAUUGCAGACGUGAGUUGAUCCAACAUUGUCGUUGUAUGACAGUAAUUCAUAUCAUUCAUCAUUACAGUGAGACUACCUUUGAGUGUUUUAUUAUGUACUGUGUAUCACAUACGAUUACAACAAAAACAGUAUGCUUCAUUAUGGGUACAUUGGAAAUCAGCUUUCAACUAAAUAAAUGCAGUUCAUUGAUUCAAAAUAAUUAUAAAUACUGUUUUUGUAAAUGUGGUUUUGAAUGUGCCAAAACUGAAAGCAUUUUUAUGUACACAUCUAACCUGCCAUUGUCAUGCCUUGAAUAAAUGCCUGCAUCUUCU